UUUCAAUCUACGGUGGUCGAAAAUUAUCUGAUAGUUUUUGUUAUGAAAAUGGACUUGAAUUACAAUAUUGUUUGUCCUACGAUAUUGAAACAAUUAACAUUUGUAAGGGAUUGUCUUAUGUUAGAGUACAGUUUUGAUAAAAAAAAUCAGGAUAAGCGAUGCUUAAAGUGACGUGAUAAAGAACAAUAGUCUUAAAAGACAUUUAGAAUUCAGAGAGCACAUAGCAUGGCACUUUGAUAUAGGUGUAGUGACCAAUGUAUUUAUCUGGUUUCACAAUAAUAGACGUCUGUGAAAUUUAUUUUAACAAUAAAUCUAUCUUUAUGGAUAUAUUAAUACUUUCCUGAGAAUGGAUAGAGAUGUAUUAUGUAGUAAAGGUGUACACUGGGUAUUGAUAACGAUGAAUUAAAUUAAAUCUAAUGAGGAAUCACAUGUAGCUGCUAAAAGUGUAUAAUAUCAUCAAAAUACGCUAAAAAUUAAUAUGGCGUUAUCAAGGCCGAGUUCUCAGAUGACACGCUACACAGCGAAUGAAAAUAGAACUACGUUUUCGAGACCUAGCUCACAAAUGACGCGUUACACUGCUCUGAGUCCGACACCUACAUCCAGGAUACACAGUCCAAGUCCACCGACGUUUUCAAGACCUUCAUCUGUCAUGUCAAGGAAUUCAAAAUCAGCACCAAGUGUACAUCUAACUAAAGGUAACCCGAUGAAAUGCAAUGUUUGUAGAAAUAAACUUGAAUAUCAAUGGCUUUUGCCUGGGCUUCAUAACUUUUGUGCGCAUUGCCUGGAAGAUUAUAUUCUACGUCACAGUAGAGGAAAGCGUUGUCACUGCCCUAUUUGCCGUGCCGGAAUCCGACUUCCAAAGGAGCCUAGACAUCCGAAGAAAAUUGCAAGAUACCCUCUCGGAACGGACCUUGUGAUUUGUGAUGUAUGUGAAGACAGCCCGGCUUUUUACAAGUGUUCCGAAUGCAAUGAAUAUUUCUGUGAAAAAUGUAACAAGUUACAUCUUAGAAUGAGAAUGGGUCGGGAUCAUCAUGUUAACAUUAUGCCCUCUAUCAGGGCGGCAAAUGAUAAACUGAAAGUUAAAGUUUAUUGUGAUGAACAUCAACACGAAGAAAUUAAGUUUCAUUGCAAGAAGUGUGAUGUAUCCAUUUGCCGGGAUUGCAAAGUUAUUGGACACGAAGGCCAUCUUACUACAGCAUUGAAAGAAGUUGUAGAUGAAAGGAAAAUAAGAGUUACAACAGCCAUGACAACUGCUAGAGGUCAUCUUGCCAGAUUGAAAGCCGAGGCAAUUGAAAUUAAGAACCGAAAGGCAACUCUUGAAGAAGAAACUGAAAACACAACACAUGACAUAAAACAACAUGCUAUUCGUAUUAAAGAUAUCGUUGAUGAACAUUCUGGUCAUUUAAUACAAACAGUGAGACAACAACAUGAUGAAUCUAUAUCAAAACUAGAUAACUGUUUAGAACAAGUGAAAAAGAAGACAGAAAACAUCAAAGGCCUGCUUGAUAGUGCGUCCAUUCAAAUGGAUACCUCAACUGAUGUAGCUUUCAUCAAUUCAAGCCAUAAUUUGAAUGAAAGUCUUAGAGCUGCAGAUAUCCCUUCUUUUACGGACAAGUUAUGGAGGAAACGAAUGACAUAUGCUAGGGGAGAUAUUGAUGAAAUAGCUAUUCAACAAGCGGUUGGUGAUUUGAAAUUUUCAGCAGAAGGUCUUUUCGUUCCUCUUCCCGCCAUAGAACUGCAACUUGUCUCUACGUUUAAUACAGAUCAGAACUUCAGAAGCACAACAGCGAUAACAACACAGAACGAUGCUACAUCAUGGGUUUGUAACGGUUACAAGAAUAAAAUCCAGAGAUUUGACCUGAAAGGCAGAAUUCUUCAAGUUGAGACAACAGAGUUUGAUAUAGACGAUAUGACAACAUUGAAUGACGGGACUGUUUUAAUGACAGAAUAUGAUGGGAUGGCAAUACGAAGACUUCACAAAACUCAUUUUGAUUCUUAUUUUGCAAAGACAGAUCUUUACUUAAGGGGCAUCACAACCUCUCGCGAUGGUUCUAACGUCAUUGUAGUAGGUAACGAUGUUCCGGUAACGAAAAUAAAACAAAUGCGCCAUGCCAAGGUUCUAAUAUUUUCAACAACUGGGCGAAAGAUUAGAGAAAUUCGUAUAAAUAGAGGAUUGGGUCUAUUUAGAAUUUGCCAUACGGUUAAUGGUGACUUUGUUAUAUCAACUGGUGUGUCAGCCAAGUACCUUAUAAUAAAUUCUGACGGAAUGACGAAAUAUACGUAUACAGCGUCAGGAACAGCAGACGGCGUUACUUGUGAUGCGCAUGGCCUUACAAUACUUUCGGAUUUAAAAGAUGAUACUCUUCACUUGUUAGAUAGUAAAGGAAAGCCACUUCCUUUCACAUACAGUCUAAAUAAACCAAACGCAGUUGCUGUUGACAACAGAGGUCACAUCUGGGUUGGUGAUCUUGACAAAAUUAGAAUAAUGAAAUACGUGUGAUGAACAUAUUAUUCUAGACAUGUUGGAAACGUCAUAUGAAAAAGCAAAUAUACUGUUUUUAUGACCUUCGAACUGCACAAAAGAACAGAAUUAAUUGUGUUCCGAAUAUCGGAGGAAUUAGGACACUUUUUAAUCUAAAGCGCUUUGAACCUCAGGACUCUAGAUAAUCUUAUUGUUCUAUGUUAAACACUUAAACUUUUGUGUUUAGUAGUAAUUGUUUUAUUUAUUCAUCAUUUUUUGUUUAGAAUCAAUUAUUUUUGUUGUAGUAAAAAUAUUGUAACGAUUAAUACAGUAGAUAUUUUUUCUAAUAUUUCUCUAAUAAACUGCAUAAACAGAACAUUUUCUAAUAUUUUUGUCUACUGGUGUCUUUCUGUGUCGUAAAAUAUUUAUACCUUUUUCGUCAAUUACAAUGAGUUUUGAAAUUUGCGAAUUUUAACCGACUGUAAAAAAAUUACAUGAAUUGUGAAAUUGUGAAAUUAAGGGCAUUUUUAUGAGAUUAUAGCCCUAGUUCAAUAUCUAUAUAUCGAUUAUGUGUUUGCAUAAUCAUAUACAUCAUUGUCCUAUGACAACCACGGAAUAUAACAGCGUGCUGUUAUUUGUAUUUCUUAUUUCCUAUUUUAUAACUUUCCCAUGAGAUAAUAAGUUGUGUAAGAUCCUUGAUAUUUUCAAUAUUACAGUCACUUUAUUUUAGAGUAAGGUUUUGUAUCGAAGAAAAAAAACAACAACACAACAACUACAACAAAACAACAAACAAACAACAAGAAAUCACAAACAAAAACAGCAACAGUUGUGCAGAAUAGAAUCAGUUGUUAUUUUUUACAUCUUUUAUAAUUAUACUCUUUUCAAUUGUGUAACGGGUAAUUUGAUUAAGCGAUUUGUCGAAACCCAUGAAAGUAUAUAAAUAAUUCA